AUGUUUUCUUCAUCAGUUUUAAUUAAUUACUAUAAAAUUAUUAUUUUAUUAGCUUUUCUAACAUACCAAUUGUCAUCUAAAAAUAUAUCACAAUCUGAUAUUAUAAGCCGUCCCAAGAGAUUAUCUCGUCUUCCUCCUAAAUAUCAUCAUGUCUAUCCAAGUAUACCAAUUGAUCCACUCCCAAAAUCAAAACAUCCUAGUGCAGAUAAAGGAAAAUUUUAUGAGAAUGCUUUAAGAAAAUAUGUUGUUGAUUUACAUAAUCAAUAUCGUGCCAAACACCAUGCCCCACCAUUACGUUACUCAACAAAUCUUGAGGUACAUGCUACAAAAUAUGCUCAAUUAUUAGCUGAAUGGAAUGAAGGAUUAAUACAUGAUGAGUAUAAUUAUUAUCAGGGAGAAAAUCUUUUUUCAAUACAUCAAAAAUGGAUUCCAGAUGAGUGGGAAUUGGCAAAAAUUACAAUGAAUACAUUUUAUGAAGAGUUAAAAUAUUAUAAUUAUAAUAAAUAUAAUCCAAAAGAUCUUAUCCUUUAUGGACAUUUUUCACAACUUGUCUGGUACGAUUCACGUAAUAUUGGAAUUGGUUUUGGGACUGUUAAAGUUGGAAAAGGUUACAAAAUAUAUAUUUGUAUGAGAUAUGAUCCUCCUGGAAAUGUUAUGAGAGCAUGGCAAUUCAAGAGAAAUGUUCUUAGACCAUAA